UUGUGUACCAGUCUAGGGGCUGAUUUUUUAUUAUGGAGGAACAUCCCUUGGUUAAGUUUGAACACUGGGUUGAAGGAGGUGGCUGUGGAGUGGUGAUUUUCAUUUUCGGAGUUUGAUUUUGUCCUUUUUGAGUGUCUCUCAAUUGGAGUUGUUGAAAAAGGGUGUGUUUGGACAGUUUAUGGAUUUGGUUGAUGUCCGCCUGAGUGAUAGUAUUUUCCAUUGCUUGAUCUUAUUGUAACUUUCAUCUAGUAAUGAUAGUGCGUUAAAGUUUAAGAUUUUUGAUCGCGUGUGUGUAUUUGAUUCCGAGUCUUUCCGUCUUAUUACUGGGUUGGAUUCUUGUGUUGGCGAUUUUAGUGUUGUGUCUAGCAGACCAAAUAGAUUGUUGAGACUUUAUUUUCCAAAUCAGGAUAGAAUAAGGUUGUGUGAUCUCAAGAGUUUCUUACAGAUCAAGUCAAGUAAUCGUACUGGUGGUUUUUGGGAAAGAUCUAGUUAUCCUGUUAGACUUGCUGAGGUCUAUAUAAUGGAGAGGGUUUUGUUGGGUCGUAACGAGAAAUGUGUUGUUAAAGGUCAUCUAAUGAAGAUAAUUGAUGAUGACAGUCUUCGGGUGUCUUAUCCUUGGGGUUCUCUUAGUUUUAAUUGGUUGGUACGGUCGAUUCGUGGUUGUGUGAAGAAUUUCAAGAGCAUGCCAUCUGCACGUUAUAUGAUUAGUGGUUUCCUUUACGCUUUAAAUGUGUGGCUGUUGGAGGUUUUCCCUAUCUUUCGAGGGUUUUCAAGUUUUCAUGGUCUGAAGUCUCCUCGUAUGUUGUCUUGGGGUCCUUCAAAGCAAGUUGAUUAUAAAGUUAUUACUGAUAAUUUCUUCCAUGCUGAAAAAAGAUUCAAGAAAUUUAUUGUCCAUGCUGUUGUUGUUGGUACGGAACAAGAGAUGCUGGAUUAUCCAGUUGCACUUAAAUUUCCUGAUUAUUCAGGCCCUUGUUCUUCCCGUGCGGUUUUGCCAUCUGAAGUUGCUUCUCAGAUAGUUGAUGUAAGUUGUACUUUGCUUUUUGUGUUUUUGGUUGUUUAACUGAAUUCUGAGUUAGAGGCCUUGUGGUAUAGUAUUUUAGUAGGAGACAUUUUUGUAGUCUUUUCUGUUUUGGUUAUGGAAAUUAAAGUUUAUGCCCCUUGAGGCAUACUUUUUG